UGGUGUGCCCACCGAGGCGGAGGACGGGCUCUGCCUGCUUGGCCCCGAGGGACUUGUAUUUAUCAAAAUGAAACGAAGCAUGUCGAUUUUGAAUAUGGCUCUAGAGCCCAAGACGAGAAAAGGUCCUGCUGUCGAAGGAACUGCGUCAUCAGUAUUAAGACCAAGACCGAAACAAAGACCAGCAGCAGGGACUGCACGUAAAGAGCCUUCAAGGCUUGCAGGAUCUUCAUCGCCAGCAGAAAGCUCUUGCCCUUCAAUCAAUGAGAAUGACUUCAGGACGUUCCAGAAAGUAUUGGGUACGUAUCUGUGAUAUCUGAGGGCUAAUGCCCAAGAGGAUAUUUUCACUCAUAAUUUUUGCAAGCAACGUUUUGUCUGUAAUUUUUAUAUCUUACAGCUCUAAUUUGAAAUGAUAGGGAAACUUUCUUAAGUGAAGUAAAACAAUGAUGAAACCUAAGUUGUUCAAUACAUUUUAUUAUUGAUCAAGUUAAAUGAAACAAGAUUGGAUUAAUGUGCGAUUCACUAUGGUUUCAUUAAUUAUUUAUUUCACUUAUGAAUGGUUAAUCAUCACCAGCUCAGUGUCGCCUUCCAAAUUAAAGGCAGUUCUUCUCGUCCAAAACCACAACAAAGACAACCAUCAGCAUCCACAUUAAAAAGUGGUCCCAAAUUUGUUCGGGCUCAAACUUCCAUAGGAGAAGCUGCACCGCUCCCGCCUGUGACUGCUGAGGCUGUAGACUUCCCAGCAAAAGAAAUUGCAACAUCUCUGUGUGCUGAUAAAGAGCCAAAUAUUACAAAGGUAAAUUCUGAAAUCAUCAAUUCUGAGCACAGUUUGAACACUGCAAGGCGAGUGCUGUUCUCAAAGGAUACAGAUAAAGAAUUAGGUCUCAAACUUGUUCAGGCUCAAACUUCCAUAGGAGAAGCUGCACCGCUCCCACCUAGUGCUGAGACAGUAGACUUCCCAGCAAAAGAAAUUGAAACAUCUCUGUCUGCAGAUAAAGAGCCAAAUAUUACAAGUGCAAGCAUCCCAACAGGAGAAAUAGUUGCACAGCCUCUAACUGUAUUUGUUAAGGCUGCAAGCGCAACCAUCCCAACAACACAAGAUGCUGCACCGCUCCUACCUGUGAAUGCUGAGGCUGUAGACUUCCCAGCAAAAGAAAUUAAAACAUCUGUGUCUGCAGACAAAGAGCCAAAGACUAUUACAAGUGCAAGCAUCCCAACAGGAGAAAUAGUUGCCCAGCCUCUACUUGUAUGUUCUAAGGCUGCAAACGCAACCAUCCCAACACGACAAGAUGCUGCACCGCUCCUACCUAAGAGUGCUGAGGCUGUAGACUUCCCAGCAAAAGAAAUUGCAACAUCUGGGUCUGCACAUAAAGAGCCAAAGACUAUUACAAGUGCAAGCAUCCCGACAGGAGAAAUAGUUGCCCAGCCUAUACUUGUAUGUUUUAAGGAUGCAAGCGCAACCAUCCCAACACGACAAGAUGCCGCACCGCUCCUACCUGUGAGUGCUGAGGCUGUAGACUUCCCAGCAAAAGAAAUUGAAACAUCUGUGUCUGCACAUAAAGAGCCAAAGACUAUUACAAGUGCAAGCAUCCCGACAGGAGAAAUAGUUGCCCAGCCUAUACUUGUAUGUUUUAAGGAUGCAAGCGCAACCAUCCCAACACGACAAGAUGCCGCACCGCUCCUACCUGUGAGUGCUGAGGCUGUAGACUUCCCAGCAAAAGAAAUUGAAACAUCUGUGUCUGCACAUAAAGAGCCAAAGACUAUUACAAGUGCAAGCAUCCCGACAGGAGAAAUAGUUGCCCAGCCUAUACUUGUAUGUUUUAAGGAUGCAAGCGCAACCAUCCCAACACGACAAGAUGCCGCACCGCUCCUACCUGUGAGUGCUGAGGCUGUAGACUUCCCAGCAAAAGAAAUUGAAACAUCUGUGUCUGCACAUAAAGAGCCAAAUAUGAUAAAGGAAAAUUCUAAAAUCGUCAACUUUGAGCAAAGUUUGAACACUGCAAGGCGAGUGCUGUUCUCAAAGGAUACAGAUAAAGAAUUAGAUAGUGAUGUUUCUUCUUCAUUUAAUCUGCUCAAUGAGACUGAUGAGUUUAUUGCUAAGGAAGGUGAUGUUGCAGAUUUCAUACUCCCAGUAAUUGUUUUGCCUCCCUCAACAUUAGAAGAUGGAACAGAACAUGAAGUUCUCUGGGAAGAACCUCGUGACAGUCCUGAGAAAGCUGAUGCAUCUGACUUUAACUCACCCACAGUUGAUGAUAGUGAAUCUAACGCAGCUGAGAGUUCUUUUGUCACGCCACCACCUGGGCCCAGGAAAAGGAAGAGUAGGUCUGGAGGUUCCUCUGGUAGUCCUAAAAGAAAACGGUCAACAAAUGAACAUUUGUGGAAAUCCAACGUACGCAAGACAUUGAAAAACUCAGGACAAGCAUACACAUCCUCCAAAGGAAAAGAAAUCCCUGAAGUGCAAAUGAGGGGUCCCUGUGCCUGCCAAAUGGACUGCAGACACCGCUUGAAAGAAGAACAACGGCAUCAAGUCUUCAAAAAAUUUUGGGCGCUUGGUAAACAUGAGAGACAAUGGGAAUUUAUUCGUUUGAAUUCAACCAGUAAAGCAACAAAACCAAGGCGUGCUGGACAAAUUUUGAAGCGUAGUGUGAGCAGAGUGUACCAUUUUACAAUUAAUGGAGAGCAGGUGCCUAUUUGUAAGCAGAUGUUUAUGAGGACUCUUGCCAUAAGUGACAGCUGGAUAACUUCUGCUUACACACAUCUCAACCCGGAAAAGGGUAAUACGGUAUCACCUGACAAAAGAGGUGGAUACAAAAAACCCAAGGAUGGUUUAUUGAAUAAUAUAAAAGUGAAUAGUGUCAAAGAGCACAUCAAUCUAUUUCCGAGGGUGCCCUCUCAUUAUUGUAGGAAGAGGACAAAAAGAGAAUAUCUUGAAAAAGGACUCAGCAUUGAAAAAAUGGCCCGUUUAUACAAAACCUGGGCUGUGGAAAAAGAUAUUCCUACCAAUUGUAUUGCAUCAUCACGCCAAUACAGGGACAUACUGAAUGCUAAUUUUAACAUAGGAUUUUACAAACCCAAAAAAGAUCAGUGUGGUUUCUGUUCCAUAAUGAAGAAUAAGGGCAAUACUCGCCAGCUAAGAGAAAAGCGAAAAGAUGAAUGGGCUGCUCAUAUCAAGAACAAGAAAAAAGCCAGGGCACUUAAAACGAAAGAUAUUGAAGAGAGUCUAACUGACAAGAAAGUAGUUGCAUGCUCUUUUGACUUGCAAAAGCAGCUGUCCUGUCCUAAGUCUGAAGACGGGGAAUUUUAUUAUAAAACCAAGCUGAAAGUUUACAAUUUCACGGUUUUUAACAUGACUGAAAGACUAGGAGACAAUUUCCUCUGGCAUGAAGGUAUUGGAAAAAAAGGUUCUAGUGAAAUAUCCAGUGCUCUGCUGAUAUACAUCAAGAGACUUGUUCAAAAAGGAUACUCUGACGUAAGAUUCUGGUCCGAUAAUUGUGGCGGUCAGAAUAAAAAUAGGUUCUUGUUCGCCAUGUACUUGUAUGCUGCAGUGAAAUACGGCAUCAAAAUCACCCACAGGUACUUAGAAACCGGCCAUACACAAAUGGAAGCAGAUUCAAUUCAUGCACGAAUUGAAAAAGUUACUGAUAAGGAGGACAUAUACGACUUUGAUACUUGGGUGGAAUGGAUUGAAUCUGCCAAAGAAGAGUUGCCUAUGUAUACAGUACAUAAGUUGACCAAAGGCAAGAUAUUCUCAUUUGCAUCUCUGGUUGACAAGCAGAAUUGGGAUAAAGAUUUAACCCGCAAAGCAGUUACUUGGAAGAAAGUUAGGGAGUUCCAUGUAAAUGGGCAAGAAGGAAAUCUGGUCAGACUGAAGUAUGACUUUGAUGCUGAAUCAUAUGUGACACUUAGUCCCAACAAGCAAGGCCACCCUGUUAAUUUGAAAUCGUUUGAGCCUCCCCGGGCUUAUGAAUCCAGAAUCCCUCUAUCUGCUACUACUAUAGCACAUCUCACCUGGCUGUGUGACAAGAACUAUGUUCCCAUCCAGAAGCAAGGUUUCUUGAGAGAUGUUCUUGCUGAUGUUGAACCCGUUGAAGAAGAAGUGGUCUCAGAUAUUGACUACGACACUGCAGAGGAUGAGCCUGAUGAUCCAUGUCAAGAAAACGAACCUGAUCCACAACAGGGUGAACAAGAAAGCAGUGAAGAAGAAGACGGCAACUUGGAUGGUUAAAGAAGAGCUCUGGAUGUAUCGUCUUAAACGACUGAUCUUGAUUAGGAAAUUAGUUGUUUAUUUUUGUUAACAUAUUUUAAUCUUUUGAUUGAAUUUCUUUGUUCUUUUAUUUCUUAGAUUUUUUAAAUUCUAGUGUGACAUUAAGUGUUUUGUCUUAUCAGUGGGUAUUUUUAUGUGUUUUGAUAAUUCAAUCAUUGGAUAACUUUGAAGUUAUCUUAAUGUGUGAUCUGUUUAUUAUCAGUAUUUUGAUU